AAGAAACAAGACAACCCCCCAAAACAAGAGACAGAGUGGGGGGAGAGAGAGAGGGGGGGGGUCAAGAAAACCAAAACAAUGAACAAAAAGAUAAGAAAACCAAGAGGGGGGCGAAAAUUCCCUAUCACCCACCAUAGAAUGAUAGCAAAUGUCCCCCCACGCUAAUGGAGGGGGAAACAGACCCCCCACAUAUAGGGAGCAGCGCCCCCUCCUCGGUACCCACAGAGAGAGAGAGAGAAGAACACUGGAAUACAAGUUUGAAUACCCCUAGUUAUUUUGUGCUAGGGGGGGAGGGGGUUAGUCCAAGGUACCUGGAGGGGGAGAGGGGUGACUGGGGUGACUGGGGGAACUGGACACAAGAGGAAUGGGAGACGGAAAACUGGACUCUUGUACCUGCAAACUUUACGAAUGGAAGAAAUUUGACUGGAGGCGAGGCAGUGGUGGACCCUCACCUGCUGGUCACCGCCACCACCGCCCUAGUGCUCGGGGUGAUGAUCCUAGCGACUAUUGUAGGGAACGUGUUUGUGAUCGCGGCCAUCCUGCUGGAGCGCCAUCUGCAGAGCGUUGCCAACUACCUUAUACUGAGCUUGGCCGUGGCGGAUCUACUGGUGGCUGCCCUGGUCAUGCCCCUGGGAGCCGUGUAUGAGGUGAGCAAGGAGUGGACGCUGGGGCCGGAGCUGUGUGACAUGUGGACGGCCUCUGAUGUGUUGUGCUGCACGGCCUCCAUCCUGCACCUGGUGGCCAUCGCGCUGGACAGGUUCUGGGCGGUGACGCAGGUGGACUACAUCCACCACCGGUCUCCGCGGCGCAUCGGCAGCAUGAUCGGCGUGAUCUGGGUGGUGUCCUUCCUGGUGUCUGCGGCGCCCAUGAUGGGCUGGAAGGACCCUGAGUGGCACGAGCGGCUGCGCAACAAGAUGUGCAUCAUCUCGCAGGCCGUGGGCUACCAGAUCUUCGCCACCGUCACGUCCUUCUACCUGCCGCUGGCCGUCAUCCUGGCGUUGUACUACCGCGUGUACCAGGCCGCCAGGAAGCGCAUCCGCCGUAAGAUUGGCACCAACGCGGCGGCGCUGUGCCGCGGCCCCGUCACCAUCAGCGAGACCACCACCUUCACGCGCGUGUCAUCGCAUCCCUCGCCAGAAAAGACCUCCAACGGCAGCACGCUCAACGGCCACCCUGCUGAGGCGCAGGACGCCGCGCCGCCCGCCGUGGUCACCGCCAGCGCCGUGGCAUCGCAGGCCGUGCCGCGACACCUGCGGCGGCGCGAGGCGGAGUCCCGCAAGGAGCGCAAGGCAGCCAAGACGCUGGCUAUCAUCACGGGGGCCUUCGUGGUGUGCUGGCUGCCCUUCUUCACCCUGGCGGUGCUGAUGCCGCUGUGUCGCGCCUGCCACUUCAACCCCUACCUGAUCGCCACCUUCCUGUGGCUGGGCUACUUCAACUCCACCCUCAACCCAAUCAUCUACACAGUGUUCAGCCCAGAGUUCCGCAACGCCUUCAAGCGCAUCCUGCUGGGCCGCCGCCGCUCCCUGCGCCGACAGUCCUCGCGCUUCUCCUCCGCCCGCUUCGGCCGCUCCUAGCACAGCGAGGUGCCGGGGACAGGCAGCAGCAGGCGGCGCGGGGGGCGGGCCCCCUGCUCAGCCGCCACCCUGGGCCUGGCCGCAGCCACGCAUUUGGCUACGCUGCCGCCCAUCACUGAGUCCACGCUGUAAGCCCUCGCCGCCCUCGCCCCGGCACCGCCCCGCUACCACCACCGCCACCACCACUACCACCGCCACCACCACCACCUCCUGCCCGCUACCUGUGUACAACCUUCAUAUGUGUGUGUGUGUGUGUGUGUGUGUGUGUGUGUGUGUGUGUGUGUGUGUGUGUGUGUGUGUGUGUGUGUGUGUGUGUA